AUGGCCUCUAACCACGCCGAGGCUUCGUCCAUGAAGCAGGCGGCAAAUACUGAAGACCUGAUGGAACUUGCCAGAUUAGCGCUUGCCGAGACCGAGGAGAAGCAACUCGCCGCUCUGGACGGUGUUGCUCAACUGCCUUUUGGCUAUGGCACCCAGCCCGGCGACACUCUCGACUUGAGCGACAAAGGUGUCCGUGUCUUGCCAACCGAGCUGAUCAAUCUUAUCAGAGAUCGUGUCGAAAGACUCUCGCUCGGACACAAUCGACUUAGUGAGAUACCUGCCGAUCUGAUCUUUUGUUCAAAUCUGCUGUAUCUAAACCUUCGUCACAACAAACUCAACGCCUUCCCAGAACCGGUCUUUCAUCUCAGAAAACUUCAGAUCCUGGAUCUCAGUCACAACAACAUCACUUCGGUCCCAGAUGAUGUCGGUCUCAUGUACUCACUCAUGUUCUUGGCCAUUGAGUCGAACAAGAUCAAACGAUUGCCACUUUGCAUGGGCGAGAUGUCGCGCUUGCAGAAGCUAAAGGUCGGAUCCAAGUCGAUGGAGUUUCCGCCACCCGAAGUCUUUGUUCCCAAUCCUCUCGGCGCAUCUCCAGGUGGUCCUCCAGUGGAAGAGGCACGUCAAGUUUGCUCGCAGGUCAAACUGUUUCUUCGCGAGUACAGACAACGCGAGAUGUUGGGUAGAGAGACUCCGGAUCUUAGCGAGACCAGUCUGGAGACCCCACGUCCUCUCAAGAGAUCGGUAUCUGGCAGAUUCCCGGUCAGGCCAAGCAUGAGUGGCAUCGACGGACUCGACACCCUCAGAUCUGGAGACGGACUCGGUCUUAAGCCACCACCACCACCAAUUCCGCAGAGGUCUCGUGCUCGGGACUCUAUUGUAAACCCUCCAUCAGGUCGCCGGUUUGAACGUCCAGGUAUCGGACCACUUACUGCUGAAGGUGAAAAUGGUAGGAGUCGUAGUGAGACUGUUACUUCUACUGGUGCGAGAUCCAAACGACUUGGCUAUGUUCCUCGCAAAAUCUCUGGAAGUUCGCAUACGACAAUGACCGAGACCGGUACGCUGAAAGCACAUCAUUACAGAGGAGCCUCGAGCUUGAGUCUUGCUGCUUACAGUGGCAACGAAUCCUCCUCUGGAGCUGUCAGCCCCAUGGAACCUUCCAAUCGUAUGCCUGUGGCUCGCCGUCGUCUGUCCAGUUUGCCAGAAGACCGCCGAGUAUCAAGACCAACUAGCAUGACUGUCAAACUCGCAACAAGGAUUGUCUUUGCUCUGUUCCAGCUCAACGGUCCCAUUGGCGAUGCGGUACGAACUAUUAAGAAUGGAACGCCCAGAAAAACGACAAUGGAGAGGGUUUUCUUCGAAGCAAGUGCGAGCCUUGAAGAGCUCGACAGACGAUUGGGUCAAGUUACCACUGGUACCGGCGAGAGCAGAGCAUCAGAGAACGACCCCUGGAUCCAUGCAAUCCGAAGAAAGUGUGCUCAUGUUCUCCAAUGUUACGCUUUGCUUGCUGCUGAGCUCCGCCUCCAUGCUCGUAAGAUUGCGCUGCGUGGUGAAGGCAUGUACAUUAGAAGUCUCAUGCUUCACAUCUACGGCACUUUGAUCGAGAUUCGCAACACGCUUACUUUCCAGGCUACAGAAGUCAAGGCACCGACUAGAAGUGCUCGUGGCUCUGUGGCAACCAUCAGCCGGGCCAGCACACCCACUCAACCAAAGCCGACGGCGCCGAAGAAGAGACUACGAGGCGCGACUAUACUUCAGCCUUCGCGACUAACGACGCCCGGCACUGCUCCUCCGCCGGUUCCUCUCAGCACAAGCCGAAGCAACACUAUGACAAGCAUGAGUGCCGUGACACCACGUUCAGGCGAGUCGUUCUCGUCGGCCUCGGGUAUACCACGAUCUGGCGCGUUGCAGCCUCCAGCCGAGGAGACUGAAGAGCAACGCCAGUUUGAGUCCAUCUUCCUGAAGCUUCAAUAUGCAUGCGAACUUGCUGCACAAGCUCUUCCGGGUUGCAGGGUUGACUUCUACAGCCGCAAGGAAUCAUCAGCAAGAUCGAUGCAAGCAACAGUAUCACGUCAGUGGGCCAUGGCUCUCCAAAAGUGCGAUAUCGCAAUCAAUGCUCUGGAGUCAAUGAGAAACCGCCUGUCAAAGGUCAAACUCAAGGAUCCUAACCUGCCUACUCAGCGAGAGUUCUGGCUGUUGUGCGAUAGAUUCGUGCGGACAUGGCUGGAUCUCGCUCUCGAGAUCAGAAACAUUGGAAAUCAAGGCUACGACACGGAUUCUGUCAAGGUGGUCAUGCGACCAGUCCAAAAGGCUGUCAAGGAGGUCAGUAUCGCUGUCAAUGGAUCUCAGCUGUACCAGGCAGCACUUCGGUCAAACUCGGUGUCCGGAUACGUGACACCGGUUCCAGCAACUCCUUUGAGUGCAGCACUUGGACCAGCAGCACUUGCCACGGUUCCUUUGACCCCAAGUUCAACGGUGAUGCCAUCCGAGUACAUCGCUUCGGGCCUGCAGAGUGCGGCUGAGAGACAGUCAGAUGCUCCUAGCCUACGCAGCUACCCUCGAGGAAGAGGAGUGUAG